AUGAACAACAACAGCAGCAACAGCGACAAUUUUGGUGGAGGAGGGCCGCCGCCUUUGGCCAACCAAAACGGGCACAACCAACAAGGAAAUCAGCAGCAGAACGGCCAGAAUAAUCCAUUUCAGCCAAUCGCCGUCCAAUAUCCCGUUCGUAACAAUGGCAACCGCCACAACCAGCCAUGGCAGCAAGCUCAGGCUCAACCGCAAGGUGGAGCUCGGGGUCAGCUACAGCCUAUGCCGCCACCGUUCGGCCAGCCUCCUUUCCCAAACGUGGCCGCAAUGGGACAACCUCCUGCCCCCAACGUGGCCGCAAUGCCGCAACCUCUCCAAGCUGCCAUGCCGCCGAACCAGAACCACCCCUGGCCACAGCAGCCACCUCAGAUGAAUGAUCUCUUUCUGCGGAUGUUGCAACAGCAGAAUGAUCUCGUGCAACUGGUGCAACGGCAGCAACACCAACUCCAGGAUAUGCACCAGAGACAAGUCCGUCUGGAGCAGCAGGUCCAGCGUUCACAAGUACCUCCGUCCAGAGCAGCAAUAGUUCCCCAUGGGGCCCUUGACGGACGCCGCGACAUUGUGACGGUCAAAUACCGGCCACAAAACAGAGGCCUCCCACGACUCAAUGAUUUGACGCUGUUCUACAGGGAUACCUUUCGAUAUAUGAUCUGGCAGAUGGGAAUGCUUAACCGAGUGUUUAAUGCCGCUGCUUUCUUGCUGGUAACCUUUUUGGACAUGCUGGCGAAUGCCUUCAACUUUCGAAAUGGUCAAGCCAACCCUGUACGGAACAUUUCGGUCUGGGUAGAGCAAGACCGUGUUUUGGGCCGUGGUCUACCCGGGUCUCACGGAUACCUCCCGCGCCGCCCAGAGUGGCAGGAUAUGACCCAAAGAGAUGUCGUUUGGCAGCUGAACGGCAUCAAUUUCGUACCUGCGAGUCGAGCAUGUGUUCUCCAUGAUAUCACCAAUGCCAGGCCUCCGAAUGGAGGGGGUGGUGGAGGUGGAGGCCACGGGGGUGGUGGAGGCCGUGGAGGUCGUAGAGGUGGUGGAGGCCGCAGAGGCGGUGGAGGCCGUGGAAAUCGUCAAGGAGGAAAUCAAGAUGGCGGUCAUGGCGGCGGGCCACCGCCACCGGCAGCAACAGGUCGAGGAGGAAGCCAAGGCGGACGUCGUGAUGACGGUGAAACGGGCGAUGGCAGCAGCCAAAGUGACGCUUCUUAUACCAUGUUGUCCGAUACUGGAGCCACUGCCCCAGUUCCUUCCCGUGUUCUCUCCAAUGAGUCUCUGAGUGACGAUAGCUGGACAGACGGUGGCGCUGAGGGAGUACCCAGCAAGUGGCUCAAAGCGCAUAUGGGAGCCUUUGAUAGUUGCGCAGCGGACACCGACACACAAAGCAUAGACAGUGAUUGUCCAAUGGAUCUAUCGUCUCGCCUCAACGAUGUUACCAGCAAGAGCAACAUUCCCAGCCAGGGGUCGGUGUCACUGAUGGAGUCUCACCACUCUGUGACGGACAAGUGGACAACAACCACAGCCAAGGACCCACCACCAAACGUCUUUGACCCAAUCAUUGCGCACGGAGAAAGUGGCAAAAGUGUCAUGAUCCACAAACAAGGCGGAGAUACCGUUCAACUUGAGCGAGUCUUCCUUGUGAAAACCCACAACCCGGAUCAGGCUUACAAUCUCUGUGGGAAGGCAAGCAUACUCUUGGACAGUCACUGCCAGGUUGAGGUUGCCUUUGUUCUCCCCCGCGACAAAUCCUCCACACAGAGUGGGGACUGUGUCUUCCAAGAACCGGAUCCUUGCAAUGUACAGUUUGUUGCCAUCAAGAAGAUCAACAAAGCUGCAGUCCGAAAAUUCCUUGAUGCGGGUGGGUCCAAAGAUCAUUACAAGGAUAUUGCAUAUCUUCAGCAACUUGGCGAUGGUGUCAACGUGAUGCCCUGCAUCGAAGCCCUAGAGACACGCCAAUUCGUCUUUGUUGUGACCCCUUAUAGUCACACAGGAUCCCUGAUGGACAACAUUCCUUGGGGCACUGGCUUCUCGGAGACAGAGGCAAGACGGGUAUUCGUGAAUAUCAUUCAGAUUCUGCAGUAUCUCGAUCGUCACGGUGUUUGCCACCGUGAUGUCUCGCCUAGGCAUCUCCUGUACCUGGGAAAUCAACUGGUACUCACCGAUUUCUCGGCAGCCAUUCGAAUCCCAAGAGACAGUAGUGGUCGUCGCAACCUUAUCGUCGGACAGGGCUCUUCUGGAAACUUUGCGUGCCAACCUACCGAAGUCUUCCUAAAUGGUUCCUUCGAUGGAGCCAGCGCCGACCUCUGGGGUGCAGCAGUUACACUUUACACCAUACUCACUGGGAAUGUUCUUUACCAGUUUCCUCAUCCAUACGACAUGCGGUUUCGCGUAUUUGUUAUGGCGGAAGGACUUCAGCCAAGUCUUAGCCAGCAAAUCGUUGAUUGGUUUGAAAGUUCGCCAGAGAGCAAGGGUGGCAAUCUCCCAGACACCGAGAAGGAUAUACUUGCGAUGGCAAAGGCGAAUCUUGGGAUCUCGCCUGAUGCACUGGAGGUCCUGAUCAACCUCUUGAAGUUUGACCCCGGGAAUCGGUGGACUUUGACACAGACUUCCCAGAGUUCGUGGUUGCAAAGCGGAAUGAGUGAGAAUGGUGUGGCAGGUGUUACUACCAUGGGCCCUGUCGUUGGAGCAUUUACUGCUCCCGUGGAUCUGAGCAGUCAAACAGAUCAACUUCUUCAGCUUGCACCAAGCAAAGACGAGGUUGCCAUGGAUGUCGAAGUGCCGACGGCACUCGCCAAGUCAGAAUCAGGAAAGUUAUCUUCUGCCACGGAGGACGACGAAUGGGCAGAUGUAUUGGCGGAGAGGUUUGUAGUACCCGCAUUGGCUGGGGGUGGCCUCCCAGAAGCGUAUGUUCAGGUAGUCAUGGCAGCACCACUGAUUGAUGAGAUGGCGCUCUGGGUGAAGAUAUUCGAGUUUGUUGGAACCAUUGAUCAGAGUGCCAGUUCCAAAAGAUUCUAUGGAGGGCGGGAACAUGACCGCUCCAUGUACAUGUCACUGACUGUCCCACACAAUCCAUUCUUCCAGCCACAUGAGAUUCAAGUGAAGGUGUCAACCAGAGACCAAGGGUGGACAUCUGGUGAAGCGGGCCACAGAAGCUACUGCAGUGCCGUUGAUCUUGUCCUCGGUCACCAUGAGCGUGACUACCCGGAAAACGUCGAAUGGGAAAACACUCGUGGAAGGACCAAGGUCGUCUGGAACAUUGCGGCAGGCAAUGCCUGGGAGGAGACAAAGCGCACAUUCGAUGAACAAUCUGAUAUUGUUGGGGCCAUGAGACAACAUCUAAGGACCAAUCCCCGGGAGACUGUUGGCAUUUACACUAUUGCUCAUUAUCGUGGCUGGUUGUCCAAAGUGAAAAAUGGAACCCUUGUUGUCAAAUGGGCACCCACUGUGCAGGAGAUUUGGAAUGAGGUCGAAAGGCGAAAGUCUGCACUGUGACAAGUCGGACAAGCCAAAGCUUGAGCAUUGCGCACCGAGCUUGAUUGCCUUCAAAGGUAUCCCCGGCUUUGCAGACCCCCUGAUGGCUUGGUUUGUCUUCGACACGAUACUGUACGUGCGUCCACGAGAUACCCGCCACCAUGAACCUGCUGCAGCAUUGCCAGUCCAACUAGACACACAAACCAAACCAUUAUACAUGAAUCCAGAGAAGCAAACUUCAGAAACAAACCAAACCAGAAAGAAUCAAAGCAUACAUGAUGCAUGUUCUACUGUAAGCCCACAAGAGGCUGAGUAACAAGAAGAAGAGUCGUUACCAUACAGGUUAAUAAGAAACGAUUUGUAUCCACUAAUCGUAGCUGGCUGGCAGCUAGCCAGCAAACUACUAGCCAGCGAACAGGAGAAGUCACUCUUCGUAGCCAGUUUUCCAUCCAUCAUCCAUCAUCCUUUCCGCGAAGCAACCAGAGCAAGCAACCAUCGCAAAGACCAUUAGAAGGAACCACUUAUCUGGCUAGCCUUGAACUGAGGUCAGCUCCUUUUGCUACUUGUACGCUGCGGUGCUGUAGUGGUACAUGUAUUUAAACGCUGGGCGAUGUAGCUCCUCGAAAGCUGUUCCGAAGGUGCUCCCCAUAGCCAUCAGUAGAAGAUCCCAAAAGUCGUUUCAUACGGUGAACGCAACGAUUCUUGAACGAGGGUGGUCCCGAUGAAAAGAAAGCAUCUGUCACACCAGGACUCGACUUACAGUUAACAGUUCCCUGUCAAAAUAAAUUGUCCUCCCCACGAAAUCCCAAAAUCUUUCGCUUAUUCGCGAUCUUGAAUCUCCAGUCGUGAGUCCACAUGGAUUGGGCCCGCACCAUAGCAUGGACAUGGAAAUAAAUGAGCACACAAUUUUCUUCUUGGCACAAGAAAGCAUCCUCG